UUAGUGCGGUGGGCGCGCCUCUGGCCGCCAUUUCUCGGCGUCUCCCCGGAGCCGACCCCUGGCGCUUCGCGUGGGUCUCUCUCCCCUCUCGUGGCUGCGGGUGGUCGCCGCCAGUGACAAAAUGCUGAGCUUCUUCCGCAGAACGCUCGGCCGCCGGUCGAUGCGCAGACAGGCCGAGAGGGACCGGCUCCGCGAGGCCCAGCGUGCAGCCAUGCACAUCCCUGCGGCCGGGGACGCGAGGGCCGUCAUCACCUGCCGAGUGUCCCUCCUGGACGGGACCGACGUCAGUGUGGACUUGCCGAAAAAAGCCAAAGGACAAGAGCUGUUUGAUCAGAUUAUGUACCACUUGGACCUUAUUGAAAGCGACUAUUUUGGACUGAGAUUUAUGGAUUCGGCACAAGUAGCACAUUGGUUGGAUGGUACAAAAAGCAUCAAAAAGCAAGUAAAAAUUGGUUCACCCUAUUGUCUGCAUCUUCGAGUUAAGUUUUACUCCUCAGAACCAAAUAAUCUUCGUGAAGAACGAACCCGGUACUUAUUUGUUCUUCAAUUAAAACAAGAUAUUCUCAGUGGAAAGUUGGAGUGUCCUUUUGAUACAGCGGUUCAGUUGGCAGCUUAUAACUUGCAGGCUGAACUUGGUGACUACGACCUUGCCGAGCACAGUCCUGAACUUGUGUCUGAGUUCAGGUUUGUGCCCGUUCAGACGGAAGAGAUGGAGCUGGCUGUUUUUGAGAAAUGGAAGGAAUGCAGAGGUCAGACACCAGCACAAGCUGAAACCAAUUAUCUGAAUAAAGCCAAGUGGCUAGAAAUGUAUGGGGUUGAUAUGCAUGUGGUCAAGGCCAGAGAUGGGAAUGACUACAGUUUGGGACUGACCCCAACAGGAGUCCUUGUUUUUGAAGGAGAGACCAAAAUUGGCUUAUUUUUUUGGCCCAAGAUAACCAGAUUGGAUUUUAAGAAGAAUAAACUAACCUUGGUGGUUGUAGAAGAUGAUGAUCAGGUACAGUUCCCCAAGGGUAACCACUCUCCUGGCCUGGCUUUAAGACCAGAGGGCAAAGAACAGGAGCAUACGUUUGUCUUCAGACUGGAUCACCCCAAAGCGUGCAAACAUUUAUGGAAGUGUGCUGUGGAGCAUCACGCCUUCUUCCGCCUCCGAGGCCCUGUCCAGAAGCGUUCUCACCGAUCGGGAUUUAUUCGAUUAGGGUCGCGGUUUAGAUACAGUGGGAAAACUGAGUAUCAGACCACAAAAACCAAUAAAGCAAGAAGAUCAGCAUCCUUUGAAAGGAGGCCCAGCAAACGGUAUUCUCGACGAACUCUGCAAAUGCAAGGAAAACCUGAAGAACUCAGUGUUCACAGUAAUGUUUCAGCUCAGAGUAAUGGCUCCCGACAGGCUUGGGGUGUGAGAUCCACUGUGCCUGUGAUUCCUUCCGUUCCCUCUGGUCCUUUGCUCGUGCAAGUUGAGAAUCUUCCAAGGAGUCCCGGAGCAGACCAGCAUGACGAGAAAUGCUUGCCUCUGAAGAUUGAUUUGCUAGAUAGUCCAGACUUACUGGAAACAACCAUUGAUGAUGUAGUUGGGGCACCUGACACCAUGGCCAUGUCCCAAGCCCCAGGUGAAGUGAGCACAGCCACCAGGCAGGCUGGAUUAGAGGGGCUGGAAGCAUUAAAAGAUGUCUCAGAGAAGCUCAAACACCUUGAAAUGGAAAGUGGUCCUUUGCCAGCCAGUCAUCCCAACAGGGACGUUAACAUCAGCAACCAGGAGGAAGUGGUGAAGUUAACUGAGAAAUGUCUGAAUAAUGCCAUUGACAGCCCAGCACUGAAUGCCAGGAGAGUUCCUCCUGACUUGAAGAGUAACAUUUUGAAGGCUCAUGUAGAAGCAGUGCAGAAGGUUACAAGAGAAGAUAGCUUAUUAAGUCAUAAAAAUGCCAGUGUUCAGGAUGCUGCCACCAACAGUGCUGAGUUAAAUGAGAACGCCAUGCCCGGCCCUGGAGGGUCUCUCAUUCCGAUGCGAACCACACCUGCAGAAAAUGGGCCUGCUCUAAAGGAUGCUACAGAUGAAUUGGAUGCCUUGCUUUUAUCUCUAACUGAGAAUCUCAUUGACCACACAACCACACCUCAGGUAUCUUCCAUAUCCACGAUCACACCCCGUUGGAUUGUGCCACAGAGCGCUGCCCUUCCUAACGGGCUUGCAGGAGACAGCGGGCUCUCGCCGGCCGGGAAGGAGGGGCCUGGCAACAGAGGUGUGGUCUCCCUCAUCUCUCCCCCAGCGCCGUUCUUCGUGGAUGCUGUGACCAGCUCGGCUCCAGCCUCUGCUGGAGAAGCCACCUUGAAGCAGAAGUGUUUGCUGACAACAGAGCUCUGAGGGGCGGCCACUCCUCACCGUGACCCGAGGCCGGGCCCUCCAGCCGUCCGUCCUGGAGUCCGCUUCUGCUGGAGCUGGUUCUGCACUUGUGGGUAAAAGAGCUCACCCGGGUGUGACUUCACCUCUGUGAAAAAGCAGUUACAUUUCCGUCCAGCAGGAAGGGCGUAAUUACACUACACGUUAGCCCAAGUGAGCGUCUGUGAUCUUUUACUUUCUCUCAUUUCGUUUGAAGUUGUGAAUUCUGCCGCGGGGGAUCCCUUUCCCUGUGGCUUUCUCCGAGCUCUUUGCUCCGCCCAGUGGUUGUGACUGUUCAUGACGCCCCCUGGGUGGGCCGUCCCUGGUGGUCAGCAGCCUUGGGAAGGUUACUUCUCUCUCUGGUGUCAGGGUGAGUGUCCUUGAUGUGAAUGCCUGCUAUAGAAAUUGUACCCUUCUGUGCAUUGCCUGGAAAUCAGGAAUUGAGGUAGAUUAAUUAUUACUAAAGAGAGGUUUUUAGAAUACAGAGGGUUUUCAGAUGUCUCCCAUACUUUUGACUUUUUGCUGGACUGGCUAUCUUAAUACUCCAAGUUUACAUCAAGGUAAGAUAGACCUUGAGAAGAAUUACAGAGGAAUCAGUUGCCCGGCACAGUUUUUCAGCCCAGCCGUCCCUUGGGAAGCACACCUGCGUGGAGCGCACGCGCAUCCUGUAGCUUUUGGCCUGGAAGGGGUGGGGUGGCCGCAGAGACCCCCAGGCGUCCACACGGCUCCCUGGGCUGCGUGGGGUUGAAGGCUGAGGUCGGCUCAGGCGGCGAAGGAGAGCACAGUAGUUUCCAGGUCCCCAUUUGGACGUAGGCUCCAUUUCCUUUUAAUGUAAGCUGAAUAAAUUCAGAUGGUGUAAACUGAAGGA